GCAUUGUUCGUCCAGGUUGUCUUUUUAGACUCACCGAGGGAGGUGGGAAGUCGGCUGCUUCAGAGACGAGGCUCGUUGGAAGCAAGAGGGCGGGCCGGGAAAGAAUACCGAGCGAGCAAUGGUACGGCGAGUUCGAGACGCGUCCGCCGAUGAAACCAACAAUCUAGUCCUGAGCGUAGAGCCAUCGUCCGUCGGCCCCGCGCGAAAGAAUAUACGUCGUGUCCGUCGGCGGUCAGCCCGUUGAGCGUGUGUUCUCGCGGGGCGAGUGAUAUGUGUCGUGGUGGGGGUCGUGGUGGUGGUGUGCUGUUGCGGAUGUGGUGUUGGAAUAAUAGGGGUGGGGGCUGGGUUCGUAGGUACAGCAGCAUGCUCUCCUCGUCCAGCUCCAGCACAGCGUGGAUGAGACAGCUCGCGACUGCUUCUGACCUUACCAACCCCAGAAGACUACACCAUCCAUCUCACAGUAGACAUUGGCCAAUUCACUGUGACCGGAUCCACUGUCAUCAACCUCAACAUCACCACAAAGACACGCUACGUACUCAUCCACGUGAAAGGAAUGAACGUAUCCUGGUUCAGAGUAACUCAGAACGGCGAGACUAUUCCCGUUCAAAGCAAUUUCACAUAUGAGGAGAAUAAUUUCUACGUGCUAUCUCUCGCCAGUAGUCUCGCUAUAGGAGAAGCCACUCUGGAAAUGAAAUAUUACUAUCCUCUCGGAGACGGACUAGUGGGAUUCUACAGGAGUUCGUAUCGAGAUUCGAGCGGUGAAACGAAAUGGAUCGCAACUACUCACUUUGAGCCGACCGACGCCCGAAAGGCUUUUCCGUGUUUCGACGAGCCGGCAAUGAAAGCGAAUUUUACGAUAUCGAUAACGCAUUCUAGCGAGUUGAACGCCCACUCUAACAUGCCGGUGAGAGAUGAAGUGUCAGAUGAAGAAGAUGGAUCGACGGUCACCACGUUUUUUGAGACGUCCGUGAAGAUGAGUACUUACCUCGUGGCUUUUGUGGUGUCCGACUUUAAAUGUAUCACCAGGAAAUCUGACACAGUCUUUCAAGUGAACGUCAGUGUAUGUUCCAACCCUGACGUUCUGAACAACACUCACUAUGCCCUCGAGAAGGCUUCUGAGAUCCUCAAAUUCUACGAGACCUACUUUGGCAUCCCCUACCCCCUCCCAAAGCAAGACUUGUUUGCUAUUCCGGACUUUGCCGCUGGAGCCAUGGAGAACUGGGGACUCAUCACAUACAGAGAGACGGCUCUGCUCUACGACCCGGCAGUCAACCCUGAGACCAGUAAACAGAGGGUGGCCGUUGUCAUCGCUCACGAACUGGCUCAUCAGUCCUGUUUAAACACAAUUAUAUUCCAGCAAUUACACAAAGAAAACGAUUGCUAG